CGCGCUCUUUACGUCGGAGCCCAGGGAGUAGGCAUUUCCGGCCAUUCAUACUCCUAGUCUUUGAGACCUGGGUAGUCGGAUUUUGUGCACGAUCCCACCGAAACAGUGACGGCGCCGCUAGGAUGAAGCUCGUAAGAUUUUUGAUGAAAUUGAGUCACGAAACUGUAACCAUCGAAUUAAAGAAUGGAACACAGGUCCAUGGAACAAUCACAGGUGUAGAUGUCAGCAUGAAUACCCAUCUUAAAGCUGUGAAAAUGACUUUGAAGAAUAGAGAACCAGUACAGCUGGAAACACUGAGUAUUCGAGGAAAUAACAUUCGAUAUUUUAUCCUACCAGACAGCUUACCUCUGGAUACACUACUUGUGGAUGUUGAACCAAAGGUGAAAUCUAAGAAAAGGGAAGCUGUUGCAGGAAGAGGCCGAGGCCGAGGAAGAGGAAGAGGACGUGGUCGGGGUAGAGGAAGAGGGGGUCCUAGGCGAUAAUGUCUCUCAAGAUUACUAUUUCAAAGUGAUACAUGAUUGGGGAUAUUUUUUGUACAGGUUUUGUUUGUUUAUGUCAGUUUUUAAUAAACAUAAAUGUAGGACAGAGUUGUCUGUUGACUGUCAAAUUAAAUUUUAAUAGUUCAUUUGUAUUCAUGAUAUUUACGUACUAAGAGCUAAGUAUUACUACUAGGCAAAUCCAGAAUAAUUUCAUUCUUGGUAAGGCUUUUAAUGUUUGAACUAAAAUUUGUUUCAUGAAUGUAUGUAGAAUAUAUACCUAUUUACUUCACAUGCACUGAAUAUGCGUUUUGUUGCUUUACUUUGAUUCCAUUCUGUGGAACCUACCUAUGAGUGAAAUAACUUCUUUUUGGUACUUCAGAAACAAAUGUCUUGUGGGUUGGUGUCUAAAAUUGAUUCCCCUUCCCUGAGUUUUAGUUUAUGGAGACUUGGGUAUUUAGUAAACGCUGAUAGUCUUCUUCCA